AGCAUUAUUAGCUGGACAUAGAAGAAGAAGAAGAAGACGACGACGAGGAGGAGACGACGAACCACUAGGGUAACAGCUUUGAGUCUCGAGAAGGCGGAGCUCCGCGGCGGUACUGAAAAGCCCUAGCUCCUUCCAUCCGACUGCUCCUAUCUUGCAGCUACAUUGCUGUCCCAUUGUAACUACCUUCACCAGCAAUGGCAGACAGUGAGUCAGAUAAGAAUAUUGAAAUCUGGAAGAUCAAGAAACUGAUCAAGGCUUUAGAAUCUGCCAGAGGCAAUGGUACCAGCAUGAUAUCUCUUAUAAUGCCCCCUCGUGAUCAAAUAUCCCGAGUAACCAAGAUGUUAGGUGAUGAAUUUGGAACUGCUUCAAACAUUAAGAGUAGAGUCAACAGACAGUCUGUGUUAGGUGCCAUUACUUCUGCCCAACAAAGGCUGAAACUGUAUAACAAAGUUCCUCCUAACGGGCUGGUGCUUUACACCGGAACAAUUGUAACUGAAGACGGCAAGGAAAAGAAGGUGACAAUUGACUUCGAGCCUUUUAAGCCUAUAAAUGCAUCAUUAUACCUCUGUGACAACAAAUUCCACACUGAAGCUUUGAAUGAACUCUUGGAGUCUGAUGAUAAGUUUGGGUUUAUUGUCAUGGAUGGUAAUGGAACUCUAUUUGGAACAUUAAGUGGGAACACUAGGGAGGUACUUCAUAAGUUCACAGUGGACCUACCGAAAAAGCAUGGAAGAGGAGGGCAGUCAGCUCUUCGUUUUGCUCGUCUUCGGAUGGAGAAACGACACAAUUAUGUAAGGAAGACGGCAGAACUUGCCACACAGUUUUUCAUCAAUCCUGCCACCAGUCAACCGAACGUUGCUGGGCUAAUACUUGCUGGUUCUGCUGAUUUCAAGACAGAGCUUAGCCAGUCAGAUAUGUUUGAUCCUCGUCUGCAAGCCAAGAUUUUGAAUGUUGUUGAUGUUUCCUAUGGUGGAGAAAACGGUUUCAAUCAAGCCAUAGAGCUUUCUGCAGAGAUUCUGUCAAAUGUGAAGUUCAUACAGGAGAAACGUUUGAUUGGUAAAUACUUUGAGGAGAUUAGUCAGGACACCGGAAAAUAUGUCUUUGGUGUAGACGACACUUUGAAGGCGCUGGAAAUGGGUGCUGUUGAAACCCUGAUUGUCUGGGAAAACCUGGAUAUCAAUAGGUAUGUGCUGAAGAACAGCACGACAGGUGAAAUCAUCAUCAAGCACCUGAACAAGGACCAAGAGACCGAUCAGAGUAACUUCCGUGAUGCAGCCACCUCGGCAGAGUUGGAAGUUCAGGAGAAAAUGGCACUGCUUGAGUGGUUUGCCAAUGAAUACAAGAAAUAUGGUUGCACGCUGGAGUUCGUCACCAACAAAUCCCAGGAGGGAUCACAAUUUUGCAGAGGGUUUGGUGGGAUCGGCGGCAUCCUUCGCUACCAGCUUGACAUAAGAUCCUUUGACGACUUAUCUGACGAUGGAGAGGUUUAUGAGGACUCUGAUUAAAGCGAAGGGCGAACUUUUUGCUGUGGCGGGCUGCUAUAUGAUACUAUGAUUGGCAAUGGUAAGUGCAGGAUUCUGGGAAGCUACUGACGACGUUACUGCGAAUUCUCUGGCUAGCCCCUCACCACUUAGAUUCAAGAUCGCUCCGAUCCUCGGCUUGCACCGCUCACCCACUUUUGUUUUUAUCAUGUAUUACCUGCAACUUAAAACUUCCAUGUGUGAUUUCCGGGUGUGGACCCAAAAGCAGGACAGAUGAAAUGGGUUUAACUUGCGAAAAAGGACCGAGCUUUUUAUUCCUUUA